GGCCCCCUCACAGUUCACCAGCCCGCGCGCGAGUAAGCACGGGAGCUGGUGGUGCUGGAGGCCUCCACCAGCAAGCCAGCCUCGACGCACUCAUAUGAGCUCAGCCACGCUACGGUUUGUACGGUUGACGGAUCCAGUGUGGAGCUCACACUUGCCUUGCCCCAGGCAGGUCAUUCCAAAUCCACACCUUAGCCACGAACAAGGGACCUGACGGGCCCAUUGCGUUGCCCAUCCACCAGAGGCUUCAGGUUAUCCGAGUCUGCUUCUAGAACACGGCAGGCUGCAGGGUAUUACAUCUCACUCAUUCCAGACAAGCCCCGUUCUACGGCUGGUGGAGAAUGAAUAGCGGUAGGGCCGAAGAAUUAACAAGGGGCUGUUGUCCAACGCAUGGACACGAUUAUGGCAAUACACCGCUGCCAUGCCUUUCAACAUCCCAUAUACAAUCCAAUCCAGCGUUCUGCCAGUGGUUUGAGAAAACCAGCCUCACGUGUUGAACAAGUGAGAUUCUCCCAACGGGGGAUACUGAAACCGCCGACAAUUCUCCACUCCUCAGCUGCCCGUGCCGAACGAGCAACUCGGCAAAUAAUUCACAGGAAAGGAAACUCAUGGCAUGCGCUGAUGCGCUGGCAAAGAGACAAGCCGCCUGUCUCGACCAGGACCAGGUACGCACAAAGAACCAGGCGCGGCUCGAAAGCAAGACAAACCCGAGCACCGCGCGCCAAUCAUGGUACAGCAAAAGUCGCCUAUCCCCCCAUGGACGGGGGGUUCGUUGGACUCCACCCUCCCCGCGCUGCUUGCCAACGCAUCACCGCAUGCAUGAUACAGGUUCCGGGGCCUCUGAGCCAUGUCGCUCUGUCAAUCCCGGAUUAUUAUAAGAAGAGAAAUGUCCCGCGAUGGCGACCGCACGGAACUCGACGUCUUGGAUAUCGCGUACUUGACGAUCAGCCACAUAAUGUUACCAUGCCAUCGCACUCACAACAUAUCGCAGCGGUUCUGUGCUGCUUUAGCUACUCGCGUUGCUCAUGCCAAAAUGAGUUUUCACCCAUUCUCAAACUCGUUUGCCAGAAAGGAAGAAAGAAAUAUUCGUUAAGCGCCUGAAUACACCAAUGCCUGCUCCUUAGAAUGGUAUCUCUCUGCCGACAAGUCGAGACAAGCAACAGGGAACUCCAAAGACACCAGUUCAGCCCCGGAGCCGCGCUGGUGUCUGCAACUAUCGAUGUUCUGGAGCCCGCCGAAGCAAGGACUUGCUGCCAGCUGUGUCGCUGACUGGGAAAGAGGGUCGGAAUCAAAUGCGAAGAACGUAGAGGUGCGAAAAUCAGA